AGCUCAAUCAGCUGUUAUCGGCGCUGCCACAGCAACAACAAAAAGCACAGGCGUAAACAAAUCGCAUUCCGGAAUCCAAAUUACCCAUUAAAUUAUCCCCCCAAACCCCCCCGUACGACCAGCCAGCACAAUGUCCGGCAAGGACGAUCGAUCCAAGGAAAAGCGCAAGAACAUGAAGCAGUACGGCGGCCAUCAUCACAAAAAGGAGCCGGGACGUUCGACGACCACCUCCUCGGGAUCACCACCGCCGCCCACCUCCCGACGCAGCAUGGUGGAUGUGGCCGAUUCCAGUGAUGAGCCGCGAUUUCCACGACGUGGAAAUUGGCAAGCUGGAACUGGUCCUGUAACUGGUGGCGGCAGAUCCUCACUGGCACCGCAACGGAAUAGAAAUCUACUGGAUACUCUGCCCAGUGACACGGACGAUGUGGAGAAUCUGGACGGAGCACCCAUUGACGAAAGCGCCAGAGCCCAGCUGCGGGCCGGAGACUACAAGCAGAUGUCACAAUUUCCGAGUCUGGGCGGUGCCCACUUCACCUUCGGCUCGGAAAAGGAGUGGGCCAGUGUCGCCGAUGGCCAGACGAAGCUCAGCACCAAGGCGGCUGUUAGUUACUUUACUCUGAAUCUGAGCCGCUUGAAUGCCGGCCUCCAAACGAUUCCCUUUUACAAGCGCAUGGACUAUCCGUCCUCUGUUUUCACUCGCCAGCAGAUCCUGGCCCAGGAGCAGGCCGCCGAGAAGGCGGAGGUGUUGUACCAGCAGCGCAUCCUCCGCGAAUCCAAUUCGGGCAGUGCUCGGGUGCAAUCCGCCAAGGUGGCUGAGAAGCCAGUGGUGGUUGCUCCAACACCGCCAGCACCAGCUGCCGUGGAAAACGAACCGGACGAGUUGGAGGAACUCCUGGCGAUGACCAAUACCCAGAUGGACAUCGGCUCUGGGAUAGGACCCAUCACCAUGCCCAUGCCGAUGCCCAUGAUCCAGCCAGCCACUCCCUCGUCGGCGGCGAGCAAAAACGAGGUGGAACAGUGGCUGGACUCUGUUUUGGAUGAAUAAACUGAAGGAGGCAUCCUUACAAGGAGACCAUCACUUCCAAACUAUGUAGAUUUUUAAAUAAACUUGUAAUGCUUAAAUAGGCCAUUAAAAAUCACCAAGUGCUUAGCUUUAAAAACUAA